AAGGUUAUUCACUAACCAAUACUGUGCACACUAAGGUAUUCCUACCCUGGAGAUACCUCUAACAUUAAAAUACUCGGUUUUAGUAGCUAUAAGGUUUUUCAAUACGUGUUUAAAAUAGAAAUUAAGUUGACGGUGAUAGUCAUUUUUAUAAAUAUAGUUUAAAAAUAUGUACAUAGUUUGAAAUUAAGUUCCUCGACUUAAAAUUAUAUAAUAAUCUGUUACUUAAAUAUUUAAACAAUAAAGACAAAAUGAAUGAUCCUAAAGAUUUUGAAGCUGCCAUUGAAGCGACUGGAUUUGGUUUGUUCAAUUUAAUAUUAUUAUUAGUAGCAGUUCCCUCGUGUUUAGCAACAGUGUAUGAAACAUCGACCAUGUCAUACAUUUUCCCAAUAGCUGAAUGUGAUCUAAAACUGGAUUUAUUGGAUAAAGGGAUUUUAAAUGCUAUCACUUAUGCUGGCAUGAUUACAUCAGCUAUUUCGUGGGGAUUUAUAGCUGAUACAAGAGGAAGAAAACAAGUUUUAGUUUUUGGUUUUCUAGGUGAUGCAAUAUGUGUUUUAGGAGGAGCUUUUAGUCAAAAUUUGGUAUCAUUGAUGAUUUUAAAGUUCCUCGGAGGAUUUUGGGUUUGUGGCCCCUUUGCAGUUUUAAUGUCUUAUAUGACUGAGUUCCAUGGAACCAAAUACCGUGCAAGAGUAAUGAUGGUUAUAGGAAUGCUCUUUUCAAUAGCAACUUUACUAUUACCAGUUCUCGCUUGGUUUAUUCUAGGAAAAUCGUGGGAUUAUUCACUGUUUAAUGGGAUGUUGGUAAUUCAUUCCUGGAAAGUCUUUCUAGCAAUUUGUGCACUACCGAGUAUUACCGCUGGCUUAACAUACAUAUUUUUACCUGAGACACCUAAAUUUCUUAUGUCACAAGGACGUAAUGAAGAAGCUUUGGAAGUUUUGCGAAUGAUUUAUUCAAUUAAUUAUAAGAAACAAAAAUCAACCUACCCAGUAUCCACACUUGUGGAAGAAGUACCUCAAAAGAACGACAACCAGGAUAUUAGCACCAUAGAAAAAAAUCAGGAUAAUUUCAAUUCAUCAAGCUUAUCUUUUGAUGUUCUAAGAAAAGGACUUAUACAACUCAAGCCCAUGUUUUCCAAACAAUACUUGGGUUAUUCAUUGAUUGUUUAUACAAUGCAGUUUUGUAUUUUGCUUGGAUUAAAUACAAUUCGACUAUGGCUUCCUCAGCUAUUUACAUCUAUAGAAGAAUUUAAGGACUUCCAAUUAAUUCAAGGACUUGAAGGGCCAAGUGAUUUGUGUGCUAUGAUUAAUUAUAGUGUUAACAAAUCUGCAACGAUUUCUACUGGAUCGAAAGACUGCGAAGUUGUGAAUAUAAGUGAUAAAACGUACGUCAAUACAAUAAUAGUAGGAUUUUCGGGACUAAUUGGAUAUUUUGUAGCAGGAGGACUCAUAAACGCUCUCGGGAACAAGUGGAUAUUGAUUAUUACACUUACCACAUCUGGAAUCUGCGGAAUGUCUUUGUACUGGGCCACUAGUUCUUUGUCUACAUUGAUUGUAUCAUCGCUUUAUGUUACAGUAGGAAGUAUUGGAUCCACUUCCUUAUUGGGAAUAAUUGUCAAUUUAUUUCCAACAUCAUUGAGAACGAUGCUUGUUUCAAUUACAAUGAUGUUCGGACGGUUAGGGGCUCUAAUAGGAAACAUUUUGUUUCCAUAUUGUAUGUCACUGGGAUGCCUUCCACCAUUUUUGAUGGUCGGGACUGUUAUGAUAAUUGCCGCAACACUAGGAUGUAUUCUACCAGCACGGAACAAAAUGUCAUUUAAAUGAUUAAAAAAAAGGUUUUACUUUUAAAUUCAAUUGGUUAAAGUUAUAGCCCAAGCUAAAAAGGCUAUCAAUACAUUUAUAUAUUUGUAUGUAUGUAUAAAAAUAAACAUGAAAAUAUUCAAUUUUUUA